AUUUCUCACUUACGACACAUAGUUAAAAUUGAAAUCUUAACUUCAACGAGUAAUAUGCAUGAAUAUAAUAAAGUUGCUAUUUGUUUAUUUCGUACACUGCUUUUGGCCCAGUUUUUGUUCGAGCAGGUCAGUACAGACGGGUGUACAGGGUGGGUGAAAGCCAAGCGAACGGGCGGCCCGGGCAAUACGGUCCUGGUCAUAAUUUAUGGUAAUGCUCUGGCCGGGGGUUCCCUUCACGGGACGGGUCGGAACACUACGCGCUACGCCACUCAGUCGCUCUCUCAUCGCUACCAUUGCUGCCGUGCUCGGCUCGUCGCUUCCAUUAACAUCGGGCUAUCUGUGAAUCAUCCGAAGAAUUUUGUCAUUAUAAGACUUCACAAGCCAAAAUCGUAUCAUUUACUCAUCACCGACCAUGAACAAGCAGAAUUGCAUCUCGUACAUGUUACCUCAAGGAGACCGCGACAAGAAGACUGUCCGAGGUACCUCCAAGAAGGCCAACCCCAAGGAUGAAGAGUGACCUUUGGAGUUGACCUACAAAGACACCUUGAAAGCUCGAGGACUGGUAUCACUGCACGAUGUGGUGUCCGGACUUCGACAUCAUGGUGUUUUGGUUGCCCUACAGCAACCACCAUAGAAUAUAAAUGAAGGACUGUCCGAGUUCCGACAGUGUACAUAUCAUAUAGGUUAAGUUAGCCAAGGGUAACGCCCACCAGGGACUGAGUUAAGGGAGUUGAAGAGUUGGUUAGCAUUUUUCAAACUCGCAGGAAUCAAUAUUGACAAAAUAUCACAUUCAUGUGACUAUUUACAAUAUUUAUGUUUUUGGGAGAAGUCGUAUUGAGAUUUCUUUAAACAAUUUCGGAAAUGCCUUUUGUGAAUUUAGGGAAUGAGUAUUAGAGUUUGGAAGGUGGGAGUAUAUACAGGCCUAGUUUUUUAUUCAAAUGGCCCAUAGCAGUUAAAUUUAGUGUUAGGUUAAAGUAAAAACAGCGGAAUUUACCACGCAAUUUUACUGAAUUUGAAAAUGUUUAGUUUUCUAUUUAUGUGAUUACAAAAUUUAAGAUAAAUUCAGUUUCACCAAACAGUUUCAAUAUACGAGAUAUUUAUAUUCAACCGUUGAUAAAGUUACUAUUUGAGGAACACUAUGAAAGUGUUGAAAAUGUUUGAAAUAACGAAAUAAAAAAAAUAAAUAAAACAAACAUUAUAAAGGAAUUAUUUUAUGUUAUUGAGCUAAUAAACUUCUCAGUACAAUUAUGCACUUUGUUGUCGAUAGUAAUCAUCUUUUAUCCAAAAUGAUCUGAAAUGACAAAUAACAGCCAAUAAUUUUGUUACCAAAGUAAAGUAACCAAACAAUAUGAUAAGAAUUCCAUGUGGAUUAACCAUUGAUUUGUCGUUGAAUAGUAUUUCAAAGUAGUUUAGUUACUACAGCAUUGUUUUAUUAUCGGUUUCUGUUAAAGAAAAUUAAAAAUUUUACCCUAAAAUACAUUAUAUUUUAUACAAUUAAUCAUUACCAGGUUUAAUUGGUUAAUCAAUGUAAAAUGAAAGAGGCUACGUGAAGGAAGUGGUCAGUUGGUCGCAGUCUAUCAAAAAAGUCAACAUGACUAUCGACUUUUCACACAGGCCUCUUUACAGCCUCAUGAAUAUAGGUAAAACAUUUAAACUUUGUUCCUUUAUACGUUUAAGUGUUUUUAUGUUUUUGUUGUUACAAUGUAUAGAUAUAAGUUCUAGUCAGAAAUAUGUUUUAUAUUUUGCUAAAGUAUAAAUAAAACUAUUUUUGUUAAUUGUUCAA